CCCCCCAGACGCGACAUGUUGCCCUGGCCCCCUCCGUGGGGGGGCGCGGGCGAGGAGCAGGCGCCCCAGGAAGAAGGCCCCUCGGCGGGCAGUGACCCCGGCGAGGCCUGGGACUCUGGAGACGAAGCCCUGGGGGAGCCAGGAACACCCCCACCGGACAGCCCUCAGCCCCGGUCCCCAAGGCCUUCCUGGACUCAGAGAGAGCAGCUGCUGUCCCAGGCGCCCCCAGGCACGGCUGCUGAGCAGUGGCCCAGAACCCCGGUGCCGCUUUCCCCCCAGAUGGCCUGGGAGGUGGCCGCCUCAAGGAUGACCUUGCUAGCACCCUGGGACCUCAACUACGACUCUAAAGCAGGACCUUGGCUGGUGUGGGGGCCCAGUUCUGCAUCUGGCGUUGCCUUCUCAGGCCGGACCUUGUGUCAUCCCUCAUUCUGGCCACUGUAUGAGGCAGCCUCAGGCAGGAACCCCAGGCCCCUGGCUCCUGCAACAGGACAUCAGAAUGGAGAGCAUGCAGGGUUCCCGGUGAUGUGCUGUGAAGACGUCUUUCUUUCCGACCCUCUGCUGCCGCGAGGGCAGCGUGUUCCCCUGUACCUGUCUGAGGCCUCUCAGCAGGUGCUGGGCUCUCUGAAGCUGCUGCUCCCACCCCCUAUUAUGUCCCCCUGGGUCCUCCCCACCUCAUCCCCUGGCUGCUCCACCGCCUGGCUCAGUGGGCCUGAGCUGAUCGCCCUCACUGGCCUCCUGCAGAUGAGCCAGGGUGAGCCAAGACCCAGCUCCUCCAUCUCAGGGGCUCCCACGCCCCCUGCUGGCCCCCCUGACCCUCUCUCUGACCACCCAGGCCUCAGUGGUGGCGGGAGCUGUUCUCACUGUGCUGAUCCAUCGCUCCCAGGGACCCCAGACAGUCAUUGUCUAUAGCUCCUCUGGGGGCAGAGUGGGCCCCCUGUUCCCCCAGGCAGAUUCUUUGACAAUAAAACAGUGCUGGUUUGCAAA